AUGGUUCAAACACUAUUUCCCCUUCCACAUCCGGCAGUUCAAGGGACGUCAGAGUCAGUCCCUGUGCAGGAGUUUGCAGCAAACUUCCAGCUGAAAUGGGGUCCUUUCAGACAUCCAAAGGCAUGGAGUGCUUCCCACCCUUGUCUCGAUUUUGCAUUGAAGAUCUUCUCAAGAAAGACGGGUGGUGUCCCCAAAGCGAGCCACUGUCGCGGCGGGCAAAGCAAAAUCUUGGAACAACAGCAACAAAACUUGAUUCACUGGGCACCUAGGUAUGUGGUGGUGGCUCGAAUCGGGCAGCAUCCAACAUCAAAUGACCUCUCUCUUUGGGAGUCUGGGCCAAAGUUGACAGCGGGCUCAGUCAACCCGAUGGCAGGAAACGUCCAGAUGUCUGAAGAAAGGGUGUGGGCUCAAGGAAGCAAGUGGACUGGAGGGACGGUGACGGUGACUCGUGGACGGCGCGUGGCAUGGUCGGCGAGUUUGAUGCAGCUUGUAGUUCUUGGAUGUCGGUCGGGACGAGGCGUGGCGUCCGUCACGUCAAUCGUCCGGCACGGCUCUGGCAUCUGGCACACAGAGACUGUCGUGCUUUCAGCUGGCUUGGGCUAA